CACACCAUUUAUAUACCCACAACUAUGAGCAGCACAGGUCAGCCGGAAUUACCACCACAGUUGCAGAACACUGCGCAGAAGGUGGACGAUGUGAUGAAGGAGUUGAACCGCAUGCCCUUCUUCAUGACCCAGCUCGACGAAACAGACGGCGAGGGCGGAGAGAACCUUGGCUUGGAGGCGUUAAAGGCGUUGGCAUACGAAGGAGAACCAGACGAGGUGGCCACCAACUUCAAAAAUCAGGGUAAUGAUUGCUACAAAGGCAAACAGUACAAGAACGCCAUUGAGUUCUAUACGAAGGGCUUGGAGAUGAAGUGCGGUGUGGAUGCCCUCGAGGCCUCGUUGUAUCUCAACCGCGCGGCCUGCAAUUUGGAGUUAAAGAACUACCGCAAGUGUGUGAAUGACUGCAAGUUGUGUUUAAAGAUCGACCCAAAAAACAUCAAAGCCUACUUCAGAUCGUGCAAGGCCUACUUUGGAAUGGACAGAUUAGAUGAGGCAAUUGAAGUAGCGGAGUACGCGUUAGCCCUUGAACCGGAAAACACUGCCAUCAGGUCUGUUCUCGCGACGGCACAGCAAAGAAAGGGACAGUUCAAAGCGCUUGCCGAUAAGAAGCAGAGAGAAGCACAGGAGAAGCAGAUGAAGCAGGUCAUUCUCGCAAACGCUAUCAACUUGAGACAUAUUCUGGUAGUGAAGACCCCCAAGCCCGCCGCCUUGCUCGGAGAUGCGAAGCUCCGGUUGGAGGAUGAGACAGACUAUGGGUCCCAAUUGAUCUUUCCAGCGAUGGUGGUGUACCCCACCACCGACGAGUUCGACUUUAUCGCCGAAAUCAGCGAGUUGACGACUCCGGCGGAGAUGAUGGAGAUGGUCUUGAACAGACCAGCCGCAUUUUUUGCCGAGCCACAGCACCAAAACUUCCAUCCAAAAAAGAUGGAGGCGUAUAUGGAGACCGAGACCGGUGGCUUGAUCAGGGUCGGGAAGAAGGUAGCAAUCAAUAACGUGUUGAUGGCCGACAAACCGUCUGUUCCAUUGUUUGACAACUCGUUGAGAAUCUACUUUGUGCCAAAGGUGGAUUCCGUCGCGUGGAUUGCCACCUGGGACAAGGAAAUUGCCUUGAAGAAGCGUUUGUAAGAGGGUCAUAGAAAAGGAGAAAUGACCUAGAGGCUCAGAUGGAAGAAUGGCGCAGAGGCUCAGAAGCAAGUCAUGGAGAAAAAGUUGAUUCUCCUAGGUUGGGGAAUGUCGUUUGACAUAACCAAAAAUACGGUAGGAUUGGUAUUUCCCACCCUGCUCUACCCAGGAGUCUAUUUUCUUCACUGGUGGAUCUGGAGAUACCAAUAUUUUAGAAUUAGUAUACUGCUUGACGGCGAAGCUCUGUAUUAAGUGUAGCAAGUGACUCUGUGGCGCCGCUGGUUAGGUAAUGCCGUUCAAGAAUACUCUGCCGUUUGAACGUAUGGCAGGCUCUCUUUCAAUGGUUGACUAACACUGGUAUGCAGAUGGACUUGCGCCGUACUGCUCUAUUGUAAAAUGUGAUCCAAGGUUAAAAAUAUCAUUAUUUC